AUGGAGCCUCUGUCAAUCAUUGGAGGCAUAAGCGCAACGGGCGCCAUCGUUGCCGCGAUCACGAAGACGAUCAAGAAUCUAUCCGAUGCGAAAGGCAGAUUCGACGGCGCAGACAUCACAAUCAGGCUGCUCAUCAAUGAGCUCCUUACCGUCAAAACUUCUUUGGUGCAGAUACAAGAUUGGGCGCAAUACAAUCUUGCCGACUCUCCCACCCAUCGUGAGCUUCUCGAGGCGUUCAAGAACUCGAUCGAUGGAGUCAAGGUCGCCAUGGACUUUAUAGCUGAAGAGGUUGCUGGACUCGUUACAAACAACCCGUUCUGGAGGAAUACAAAGUAUACUUGGAAUGAGGCAGGCAUGAAGGAUCACGCAGAGCGGUUGCGGUCGCAGUACGCUGCGCUGCAGCUCCUGAUCCAGGCGACGCGCUGCCACACCGACAUGCAGCAAACUACCCUACUGCGUCAACCGGAGAGCCGACAGAUAAUCAAAAAGGUCUUAGACGACGCGACGACGCUCCGUGCCACUAGAAGAGGCUCUGAAGCUGGUGCUGCGACUAUCAUUAGCCAUCCCGAAUCGACCAUUGGUAGCACAAUUUUUGACAUCGAUGCGGAGAUAGUCAAGACCGGGCCAUAUCUGAACGCCAUGGCACACAACCAGUCGAGGAGCAAAGAGACCGUCCACAGGUCCGUCUCGGACUCGACGAAUCCCUUCCGGCAAGGGGCCCCGACUAUUGUUACCGAAUCCGAGUCAACCCACGAUAGCGGCUUUUUCGAUGCCGAUGCCAAUACUGUCAAUCCAGUUGCGUAUCGUGAAGCUAUAGCGCAAGCUAGUAGCAGGUUGCCGGUGAAACCAGCUCAUCGAUCGGCUUCUGACAGUCCAAGGUAUACCCCUCGAGAUUAUCCGCAAUUAGAGCGACGAUCGAACCAAGCGCUAUCGGGCUCAGCGGAGCAGGAUGAGCACGGCGAUCUGCUGUCACCGAUGGAGCGCUUCAAGACCGAGCCCUGGCAGAAACCACGGCCCUACAGCUCAAUUCACUUCGAUGACCAAGCUAGUGAACUCCGACCGAUACAUCACAAGACUUCCGCUUCGUGUUCCGCCAUCCCACAGCAGUCUUCACUUGCCGGUCAGGGCAAAUCGGCAGACGUCAAAAAAUCGGCUUGGGGAACCAUUCGUAAGUACGCGAGCAAAGCCCGACUUGCACCGCCAGCGCCGGAGCAGUUGUCGCCGAACGCACCCGGAUCAGUCAGCCCGCCUCUGGAUUCUCUACGCGUGAAACGCCGCCAUGAGCGCAAUGUCCACACGAGCAUUGAUUUUGGUUCCGCUGAAGGCCUCAGGGCCCCGGCACUUGUGCGGGCUGCGCAGUCAGGGUCACGCGUAGAAAUAGAGCGGCUUCUAGAGCAACGAGUCGAUAUUGAAGAACGUCACGAAGGAUCUGGCAGAACAGCGCUUGCUGUAGCAUCCCACUGUGGCAACGACGGUGUUGUGGCCUUACUACUGCGCCACGGUGCGAAAACGGAUGUCAUGGACAAAUCCCGCAUGACUCCGUUACAUCUUGCAGCAUCUCGGGGUCACUACCGGGUUGUACAGGAAUUGCUUGAAGACCACGCCGAUGUAGAUGCUCGUGGACCGGACGGCAAGGCCCCAUUGCGACUUGCGUGCGACCUCGGUCACUCGGAGGUAGCCGAGCUGCUGCUGUCAUACCGUGCAAAAGUCAAUGCUCGGGACCGUCAUAAUCUGACCGCUUUGCACGCUGCCGCAAAGAUCGGUGACGAGCCUACGAUUAAGCUCCUUCUCAAGUCAAGAGCGGACAUCGAGGCCAAGGAUGCGGAACUCAUGACAGCACUACAUUAUGCUGCCGAAGGCGAUCACGAUGCCGCCAUUGAGACUUUGCUCGCUGGGAAAGCUGAUAUCGAGGCUUCAGGAAAGGCUGCCAUGACCCCGUUAUCCUGCGCCUGCGCUGCCGGUGCUUCUCAGACUACUGCUCUUCUUCUCGUCAAGAGAGCCAACAUCAAACAUCAGGCAGACGGAGACAUGACUCCGCUCCACUGGGCAAGCUACAAUGGCCAUGAGGGAGUCGCGGACCUCCUCCUACAGCAGAAGCGGGCCACACCGGUCGAUGCGCGAACCAGCGACGGAAGGACGGCCCUUCACCUGGCAGUCAUGACCAAAAACUUCCCGGCGGCUGAGCUGCUGCUUCGCAAAGGCGCUUCGGUCGAAGCUCAAUGCCAUAAGGGCCUGCGCCCGAUCCACUACGCCUGUAACCAGCGCGACCCCACCAUCCUUGCGCUGUUACUCAGCUUUAGCGCGCAAGUAGAGGCUGCCGUAACCCGUCACGGCUAUCGACCACUCCACCUCGCAGCAAUGUCCGGGUCGGACGAGCUCAUCAGCAUGCUCCUGCAGCGAGGCGCCAUCGUUGAAGCGCGCGACGCAUCAGGCGACCGAGCUCUGUGCCAUGCAGCGAGCCACGGCAACGCGAACAUCGUGCGGAUGCUGCUGGACAAAGGCGCCGCCGUGCACUCCCGUUCUCCUAAGCAAGGCUCGCGCGAAGACUCGCCGCUCUGCCGCGCAACCAAGGCCGGCCACCUAGCCGUCGUCCUCGAGCUCAUCGAGCGUGGCGCCUCUAUCCAGCAGCGCGACGAGGCGAACUGGCAGCCCCUGCGCUACGCCGCCCAUCACGGCCAUCCUGACAUCGUUGAGAUCUUGCUCAGGAUGGGCGCGUCAGUUCUGGCUAUGGAUGUCCCCAUCACGCAGAGGGACCAGACAGUCGCUGGGCAGAUCGGCUUCGCGGCGAGCGUGGAUGGGAAGCGGCGGACUGCUGUUGCUAGAUUGCUGGAUAAGGCCGAGGCGGAGGAGAGGAGGCGGAUCAAGCCCCAUAGGAUGGCGGUAGACGAUGCGUUCUUGACCCUGCCGGCGAAUGUCGCGAGGGAGCCGGCAGCGGUGCGGAUCUAUGAGAUGGGCUGA